AAAAACAGCGUGAUAUACUGUCUGCUCGCUACUCCAACGUAACAUAAACCUAUUUAAAUAACGCGAAUUCGGUUAGUACAGACUUCCCUCAGAUAUCUCGCACAUCAGCAGCGCUGUGUCAGAUAUGGCUGGGCCAUUUGAGUUUGUGGCCGUGUUUAGUCUGUUGGUCCUGUUCCUUAGUCAUAAAGGAUCAGCCGAAACACUCGUUUGGCAGGACGAGUUCAACAAUUUAGAUCUCUCCAAAUGGAGUCAUCUUGUCACGGCUUGGGGAGGAGGCAACCAGGAGUUUCAGUACUAUCGCAACGAUAGGAGAAAUAGCUACGUAAAGGAUGGAGUCUUAUAUAUCAGACCAACUUGGACUUCCGCGGAAUAUGGUGAUGACUUCUUGUACAGCGGCAGUCUGUCGUAUCAGGAUUGCAACAUGCAGCCAUGUACUUCAAACGCUGGCAACGACAUCGUACAACCACUUCAGUCUGCCCGGAUAACGAGCAAUUUCGCAUUCAAAUAUGGAAGGGUGGAAGUUAGAGCUAAGUUACCAAGAGGUGACUGGAUCUGGCCAGCGAUUUGGAUGUUGCCAAAGAACUCCGUGUAUGGCGGAUGGCCACGAUCUGGUGAGAUAGAUAUCAUGGAGAGCAAAGGCAACGACAUCUAUAAAGACGGAAAUGGCGUCAACGUGGGCAACACAUUGGUGGGUUCCACUCUGCACUGGGGUCCAGAUCCAGACCACAAUAACUACUGGAGAACACACUGGGAAAAAAACAUUGAAAGCACUGGCAAAGAUUUUUCUGACGAUUUUCAUUUGUUUGGACUGACAUGGACCGACAAUCACAUAAUCUUCACCAUUGACAAUCAGGAAAUCGGAGACGUGUGGGCUCCCCAGAAUGGUUUCUGGUACUUUGGAGGAUUCCAAAACAAUCCAGGUGGCACUAACAUCUGGCAAAAUGGAAAUUGGAUGGCACCAUUUGACCAGGAGUUCCAAAUCAUCUUGAACGUAGCCGUUGGGGGUACUUUCUUCCCCGAAGGGACUGGUAAUCGACCGUGGAGCUGGGACGGCCAUCCUAUGAAAGAUUUCUGGGAACGUCGCAGCGAAUGGCUACCAACAUGGCACGAAGAAGACGCGGCCAUGAAAAUUGAUUACAUCCGAGUCUAUCAGUAGGCCUAAUAAAAUAAAUUCGAAGAUAAGAAA